UCAGCCCCUUCACACCACAGCAAGUGGGAGUAGUUCGAUUCAGAGGUUCAGGCAUGGCAGCUCCGAGAACACUCGUCCUCGGCGUCCUGCUGGCAAUCGCCGUCGCCAACGCUGAGGCGGCGUCAGUCGUCGUCGGCCAGGCCAAGUGCGCCGACUGCACCAGGAAGAACAUCAAGGCCGAGGAAGCCUUCAAAGGUCUACAGGUGGCAAUCAAGUGCAAGAACGUCCACGGCCACUACGAGAGCAAGGCAGUGGGCGCCCUCGACGGCACCGGCACCUUCAGCGUACCCCUCGCCGCUGACCUCCACGGCGCCGACUGCGUCGCGCAGCUCCACAGCUCCGCCUCCAAUGCGCCGUGUCCCGGCUAGGAACCAUCAAAGAUCGUGCCGGUUUCCGAGGGCAGCACCUACGGCAUCGUCGCUGGCGAAAACACCGCCAUGUCGUCCGCGGCGUCGCCGGAGUGCACGUCCAUGUCCCUGUGCGGGCCGAUCAAGAAGCACAUCAUCGAGCACUUCCACCACAAAAAGCCCGUGCCGCCCAAGCCGGAGCCCAAGCCCCAGCCCCACCCAGACUACGGUCCCGUGCCCAAGCCCGAGCCGAAGCCGCAGCCCCACCCAGACUACCACCCCGUCCCUCCCACGCCCACCUAUGGCGGCGGCGGAGGCGGUGGAUACCACGGACACCACUGAGUCCGGUCUACCACCGUCGUCCUGCCCAGCGAUGAAAUCUCAUCACCGGGUUCGAAGUCAGUGAGUGAUCGACGUUGCUAUUUAUGAUCGGUUUGCAUGCGUGGGUGGAUUGUUUGGUAUUGUGCCAUUCGCUGCCCCGUUUUAGAGCUUAUUCGGAAGCUCUUCCGACUCUCAACUCCGCUCCGCGUGAGGAGCUAGGUUCAAGCCACUCCGCGCGAUUGUGCGGGCGCUGCCUCCGCUCCGGGAGCUGUAUUAGGGGAGCGAAGGGGAUCCGAGCAGGGCCUUAGUACCUGCACCAUAGAGUUGAGAGUUCAGAAUAACAGUUGUGAGGAACACAAGGAUCACUGUGUAUUUUGCUUUUUAAAGAUUUAUAAUUUCAGUGUGUGUUCUGUAUACGAAGUUGUGGAUCAAGUAAUUUAAUCAAGUCCAUUUGAGCCAGUGGAAUGACUACAAAU